GAAAGGUGUAUUGUCGCACAUGUUGACUUCCGGUUUUAUUAGCAAACGCUGCUGACAGUAGACUGCUGAGACUGAGCCAAAGGUCACAAUGCCUUCAGCAGAUUCCUCCCUCAUCGAUGAUAUAGAGGACAUUGUCAACAAAAAUUCUGGUGACAGCCGCCAGGAAAAUAAGCGACAUGUUGUUCCCAAAGCCAAACGCAUAAACAAACAAACCAAAGAGGAAUCAAUACAAGCUGACAGCAUCAUACCAGGAACACAGAAGAUUUGGUUGAAGACCUGGGGAUGUUCUCACAAUAACUCCGACAGUGAGUACAUGGCUGGUCAGCUAGCUUCCUAUGGAUACAAGAUCACAGAUGAUAGUGACUCAGCAGAUCUCUGGCUCCUAAACAGCUGUACUGUUAAAAACCCAGCAGAAGAUCACUUCAGAAAUGAGAUAAAAAAGGCCAGAGAGAAACAAAAGAAAAUAGUGGUGGCUGGGUGUGUUCCCCAGGGACAGCCUAGAACAGACUACUUACAGGGCCUGAGUGUGAUUGGAGUGCAGCAGAUCGACAGGGUCACGGAGGUUGUGGAGGAAACACUUAAAGGUCAUUCUGUGAGAUUAUAUGGUCAGAAGAAACAAGAAGGAAGGAAAGCUGGUGGAGCUCCCCUUGGCCUGCCUAAAAUCAGGAAGAACCCCCUCAUAGAAAUCAUAGCUAUAAACACAGGGUGCCUGAACCAGUGUACAUACUGUAAAACUAAACAUGCCCGAGGGGAAUUGGGUAGCUACCCUCCUGAGGAGAUUGUGGACAGAGCCAAACAGUCCUUUGAAGAGGGAGUGGUAGAAAUCUGGCUGACUUCAGAAGAUCUGGGUGCUUACGGACAUGACAUAGGAGUGACGUUGCCAGAGUUGCUAUGGAAACUGGUGGAAGUGAUUCCAGAGGGAGCCAGAAUGAGGCUGGGGAUGACAAAUCCUCCCUACAUUCUGGAACACUUAGAGGAGAUGGCUAAGAUUCUGCAGCAUCCUCGAGUGUACUCCUUCCUCCAUGUGCCAGUUCAGUCUGCCUCGGACAGUGUGUUGAUGGACAUGAAGCGGGAAUACUGCCAGGCUGAUUUCCGACAUGUGGCGGACUUCCUGAAGGAGAGAGUGCCAGGGGUUACCAUAGCAACAGAUGUGAUAUGUGGAUUUCCCACAGAGACCGAGGAGGACUUUGGAGAAACACUGAAACUUGUAGAGGAAUACAGAUUUCCGAGUCUGUUUAUAAACCAGUUCUUUCCUAGGCCAGGAACACCUGCAGCUAAGAUGCCAAGAAUACCUGCACAACAGGUUAAACAGCGAACAAAGAAGAUCUCUGAAUUGUUCCAUACCUAUAGGCCAUAUGAUCACAAGAUGAAUGAAGUUCAGAAGGUGUUGGUAACAGAAAUAUCCCAUGACCAGCAGUACUUCGUCGGUCACAACAAGUUUUACGAUCAGGUAUUGGUUCCCAAGAAUGAGAAUCUAAUGGGCAAGAUGGUGACUGUACAGAUUGUGGAGACAGGUAAACAUUUCCUGAAGGGGCGGCUCCUGUCGGACAAAGAUGUUGUACGUCCAGACGUUCCGCUGCCCUUGAAAAAGGGCCAGGUGUCAGGGGCACCUGUUCUUAUCCAGAAUGAGAAAAACUCCAACCAGCACAUUGUCAUGGUGAUAUCCUUGAUAGCAGUUUUGGUAGCCGUGAUAUGGAGGUGUUAUGGACUGGUUCUGGGUGCCACAUGACCUAUUCUGAGGACUAAUUAGACUGAUAUCUGUGGGAACCAGUUAGUGCUUCUCUGUGUUGGACUGUGAUACAGAGCCAGGAUGAUUGAGUGUAACAGAACCAGCAAAAGUGUGUAAGGGCUUGCAUGAGGGACAAUGGAAUGUUAUAAAAAUCAAAUAAAAACAGAGGAAUACUCA